ACCACCAUGAAACGCGGUCCAAAUUCUCUCCUUAUAAUCGCAUUCGACCCGCUCUAGGGUUUCUUCAUCAUCACUCUCUUUCUUUUUCGAAAUUCGCAAAAAAAAAAACUUUUUUUUUUUGUGAAAUUGUCGCACGUGAAACGUGGCUUUCUCGGAGAAUCCGAUUUUCUCUGGAAAAUUUUUCUGGUAGAGGAUGCCAGCGACGGAUUAUCAGGGAUCGUUUGGGAGGUCGUUGCUGAGUCUGCGGCGUGACCAAGUGCACUCGGUGGACUCCGCUGGAGCUAACGAACCGACUUCUAUGGAGAUUGAGCUUGAUUCGUUCCAGAGACAGGUCGCCGAGAGGUUCAUCGAUCUUACUGUCUCCAGUGCCGAUGAGAUUCUGUCGCUCGAGUGGAUCGGUAAGCUCCUCGAUGCCUUCCUCUGUUGCCAGGAGGAGUUUCGCGCCAUUAUCUUCAACCACAGGUCUCAUCUCCACAAACCUCCGAUGGACCGAUUGAUGGCCGAUUACUUCGAGAGGAGCGUCAAGGCGCUCGAUGUCUGCAACGCGAUCCGCGAUGGAAUCGAGCAGAUCCGGCAGUGGCAGAAAAUGAUCGAGAUCGUGAUAAGCGCGCUGGACACCGGCUCCGGAGGAAGCGGCCAGAGACCGCUUGGCGAGGGGCAGUUCCGCCGCGCUAAGAAGGCUCUGAUCGAUUAUCGUGUGAGAAUCUGAUAGGACAAAGUGGUGGAGACAGAAUUGAACUUGGCCUUGGAUCAAGCAGUGUUGCAUUGCAUUGUAGAUGGAAUCUCUUUCGGUCGCAACAACAAGGACCACCACCACCACCGUUCCAUCGGUCAUUUCAGGUCGCUCUCAUGGAGCGUUUCGCGGUCGUGGUCUGCUGCUAGGCAAUUGCAGGCUUUGGGGAACAACUUGGCAACCCCUCGAGCAAAUGACGUCAUGGCUACAAAUGGCCUCGCUGUUACGGUUUACACAAUGACGUCGAUUUUGUUGUUCCUAAUGUGGGUUCUCGUUGCAGCGAUACCUUGCCAAGACCGGGGUUUACAAUUGCAUUUCUAUGUUCCUAGGCAUUUCCAAUGGGCAGCACCAGUCAUGUCACUGCACGAUAGGAUCCUCGACGAAUCGAAGAAGAGGGACAGAAAGAACGCAUGCGGAUUGCUCAGAGAGAUUUAUCAGAUCGAGAGAAGCUCGAGAUUGGUUGGGGAUUUAGUAGAUUCAGUUCAUUUCCCAUUGGCGGAGGAGAAGGAGAUAGAGGUGAAUCAGAAACUGCAGGAACUGGUACAGGUUUACGAAGAUUUGAAACAGGGUUUGGACCCAUUUGAGAGGAAAGUGAGAGAAGUUUUCCAUCGAAUAGUCCGUAGCCGAACUGAGGGACUUGAUUCACUUGGAAGAGUUUCAGAAUGAUCCCAAGGUUAGACAAUACUCCCGGGGUGAACUUGAAUUGUGUUUUCUUUUUGUGGGAUAUGAAGAACAUGAAGAGGGCAGAAAGCUGGUUGAAGAAGAAAUAUUUUGGCAUUCAGGAACUCGAGAAAACAAAUGGGUAAGGAAAAGGGAUCUUUCUUAUCGAUCUUGGUAUUUAUCACUACAUAAGGCGUAAAGAAGCUUAGGAUAUGGAAGUCGGUCUUGUGAUGCUGAUGAUGUUCAUCCUAGUUGCCAUUAUGUAAUUGGUUUUUGUGUCGAAUGCAUCCUUUGGUGUACCUCGUUUCUUCGGGCCCUGAUUAUUGUUUCUUUGUUGUUGGUAUAUAGGAAAAGUCUUACACUUUUUUUUUUCCUCAUGUUGUCAUCAGAACUUACAUUCCAAAGUUGCGCAAUAGAGAGGAGGAAAAUUUCAGAUGUAAUGCAGUGUUAUAUCAGUUAGUGUAUUCAGAUUUUGCUCUUCAAACACAGAGCCUUUUUAACUCUUC